AUGGCGGCACCAAAAGAAGUGAAUAAAGAACCGCCAAUGAGGCGCAGUUCCAAGUCGGGCUCUGCUACCGGUACAGCAAUGACCCCUCGUGAAUUGAUCGACGAGAAUGCUCCGCAUUCGCCGGAAAUAUACGAAAGUGAACCGCAAAAUCGGUUUGCCGACAGACAUUUUUAA